CAAAAUUGCCCCAAAUGGGAUACGUAUGCUGACAAAGAGAGAGAGAGUGAGAAAGUGAGGCAGCAACUGAGAGAGAAAGAGAGACGUCACAGAACGGUGAAGAUCAAGCCAUGGCAAGCAAAGAGGGAGAAACCAAUAUGGCUGCUUGGCUUCUUGGUAUCAAAACGCUCAAGAUUCAACCAUAUCAUCUUCCUCCUUUGGGACCCCAUGAUGUGAAAGUUCGAGUAAAAGCUCUGGGUAUUUGUGGAAGUGAUAUUCAUCACUUUAAGACGAUGAGAUGUGCGAAUUUCAUAGUAAAAAAGCCAAUGGUAAUAGGACACGAGUGUGCGGGUGUGAUUGAAGAAGUAGGGAGCGAGGUCAAGUCACUAGAGGUGGGUGAUCGCGUGGCAUUAGAGCCUGGAAUUAGUUGUCGCCAAUGCAAUCUCUGCAAAAGUGGCCGUUACAAUCUCUGCCCCAAAAUGAAAUUUUUUGGCUCUCCUCCAACUAAUGGUUCUCUUGCCAACAAGGUGGUGCACCCGGCAGACUUGUGCUAUAAGUUGCCAGAAAAUGUAAGCUUGGAAGAAGGUGCAAUGUGUGAACCUUUGAGUGUUGCUGUUCAUGCUUGUCGCCGAGCAAAUGUAAGUCCAGAGACCAACGUAUUGAUCAUGGGAGCUGGACCUAUAGGCCUUGUUACUCUACUGACUGCUCGAGCUUUUGGAGCUCCUAGAAUUCUCAUAAAUGACGUUGAUGACCGCCGAUUGUCGAUUGCCAAGAGCCUUGGUGCAGAUAAGACUGUUUUAGUUUCAACUAAUAUCCAGGAUGUAAAUAAAGACGUGGAGGAGAUAAAAAGUGCCAUGGGUACCGACAUUGAUGUGAGCUUUGAUUGUGUUGGUUAUAACAAAACCAUGUCAACAGCUUUGAAUGCUACUCGUUCAGGUGGGAAAGUUUGCCUCAUUGGGUUAGCUCAGAGUGAGAUGACUGCCCCUAUUACCCCUGCUGCUGCCAGGGAAGUUGAUAUCAUUGGCAUAUUUCGUUAUAGGAAUACUUGGCCACUUUGCAUCGAGUUGUUGAGGACUGGUAAGAUUGAUGUAAAGCCACUGAUAACCCACAGAUUUGGGUUUUCACAGAAUGAGAUUGAUGUUGCUUUUGAAACUAGUGCUGGUGGAGGUAAUGCCAUUAAGGUUAUGUUUAAUCUUUAAGAACUCACCAGAUUUUUCAGAAUAACCUUAGUGGCACUGCAAACAUCGUUUGUCCACCAAUCCUACCACAUUAUCUCAAUUGAUGUGUUAAAUCUGUACUUGUACUUGUAACUAUCCUUAAUUAAAUAAAAUGUCGAUUCAUCGAAUUAUUUA